AUGGAGGACCCAGAAGAUAUGGAUGAUCCGGACUUCCGUGCUGCGAUACAGGCUUCCCUUCGGGAAUGCGGCAUGAGUCCUUCUAACACUGCAACUCCAGCACCGCCAGGUGCAGUGGUAGAUCUGACAAAUGACUCAGAUUCAGACAUUCAAGAAGUCUUUCCGAAGUCGAGAUCUGUCGUGAGCUCAUCCUCCGACACUGCAACUGUGGCUGAUCCUGCCUACGAUGAAGAUGAAUUGCAGCGGUACUCCCCCAAGCCGCAGACCUCCCCUCCUCCUGCAUCGUCUGCUGGGCUAUCAGGGUUGGAUCGCAAGAAGAUGGAGCAAGAGCGUCUCGCUCGACUUGCCAGUCGCAAAGCCGAAAACAAAGAGUCGAGCUCAUCAGCCCAGCUCAAGCGAAAGGCUGAACAGAGUCCUGAUGCAUCUACUCAGUCUGCUCGGACCAAGCCGAAAAUCGAACCAGCCUCUCCAGCCCCGCAGUCCAGUACAAUUAUGCCUGAAGUGGUUGAUCUGGAAUCUCUAGCUCUGAAUCCCACGUCGACACCGGUACAUCAAGUAGGCGAACGGGCCGCACCAGUUGCAAGCUUGAAACCCGCAGCGCCUUCCAGCGAUGCCACCGUGGGCAGGCCACCAACUGCCCAACCGGCUCAAACUGUCUGUCGUCGAUAUGAUUCAAAUGCGCCCGAUGUCAAAGUCCGGCCCACCACUCGCCCUCAUGCACAAUGGCCACUCGGGACAAUCAAGAAAACGCACAUCGCUGGAUAUCCGCGCGUUGGAAACGAGAUCACUAUCGAAGAGGUGAUUCAGCGGGGCGACUUAGAAUUGGGGGUCUUCAGCGGCUUCAUGUGGGAUAUGGAAUGGUUCUUCAAAAAGCUGAAUACCUCGUCUACACGGUUCAUACUCAUCAUGCAAGCCAAAGACCAAGAGACGAAAGACGAGUAUCUUCGGGAUAUUGCCGGGGUGCCCAAUCUUCGAUUGUGCUUUCCGCCUAUGGACCCUAUGGUGUAUUGUAUGCAUUCAAAGUUGAUGCUACUAUUCCAUAAGGAUUAUCUUCGCAUUGCGGUUCCGACUGCAAACCCCACAUCAACUGACUGGGGUGAAAACGGUCUUAUGGAGAAUUCUGUUUUCCUGAUCGAUCUCCCUAAACUCAAGGGUACAUCUGACGGGGCUCAUGACACACAGUUCUACAAGGAACUGGUGUACUUCCUCACAGCUUCAACUUUGAACGACAAAAUCAUCGAACGGUUCAAAGAAUUCGAUUUCACUGAGACCAAAAGAUAUGCGUUUGUGCACUCAAUUGGUGGCUCAAACACUGGAGAAAGUUGGAAACGCACUGGAUAUGCUGGUUUAGGUCGCGCGCUGGGAACGCUGGGCCUGACUACUGACUCCAAAGUCAACAUCGACUACGUUACUUCUUCUAUGGGCUCUCUGACGAAACAGUUUCUGCGGGCUCUCUACUUGGCCUGCAAAGGAGAGGAUGGUCUCAGAAACUACAACCUUCGUGUUGGGACCAAAAACGAUCAAGAACGCCAGCGCACAGUUGAUACCAUCGAAAACGAAAUGAUGGCCAGGUUCCGCGUCUAUUUCCCAUCUGAUCAGACCGCACGAGAGGCGCACGAACGCCCGAAUUACACUGCAGGAACUAUCUGCUUUAAUCCAAAGUGGUGGCAUGACCGGGACUUUCCUCGAGACGUCCUCCGUGAUUGUCAAAGUGACCGUGGGGUUUUGAUGCACAACAAGCUGGCUUUCGUUCGCCCCGAUAAACCAAUAAGCGUGGACGACACAAAGGAGUGCUCAGCCUGGGCUUACGUUGGCAGUGCCAAUUUAUCGGAGAGUGCAUGGGGCCGUAUCGUCAAAGACCCAAAGAACAAGCAACUCAAAAUUAACUGCCGUAACUGGGAGUGUGGAGUGAUUGUUCCAAUUCUCACCGAGAGGAAUUCGACUCAGCAACCAUCUGAGAGAGAGGCAACUUCUCUCUCCCCUGAGCGCUUCCAGAACAUUGUCCCGGUCCCAAUGCGAUUGCCUGCUCCCAGUCUGUCGGAUACCCGCAAGCCCUUCUUUUUCGGUCUUUAG